GAGUGGAGGAAACCUGAACCUGAGACGCCCCCCAGCCAGCCUCUGUUCUGCAGCUGCACCUGGCGCCUUGGCAGGCUGAGCACGUUCCUCCCCGCCAGACUGUACGCACUCGUCAGCCGGCCUCUACCGGGGAAGCGCCUGAGCCUCUCUCGCUGGGGGCAGCUUGCGGCGAUGAGGGUGUGUGGAAGCUGAGGCAAUAGCCGCCGAGACCGCUGGGGGCAAGCCUGUUGAGAGGCGCAACAUUGCCCUCCUCUCGGCCGGUGCUUCAAGGCAAGAUGAAGCCGCCGGAUAGAAAUCGCAGGCGGGAGAGACCCCGAACAGCUCUCCCUUCCCUCCUCGUCGCCUUCUGAGGGUGCCUCCUUUGCAGGUCCUCCAGCCCAGCCUUGCACCUCAGGCCCCGUCCAAAGUUACAGAGGCGCUUUUCCAGCGAGAGUUAAACAGAGAUGGAGCCGGAAGGUUGCCCUCAUUCUUCUUUUGAAAUCAAAUGUCACAUUGACUCAAGGACAGUGCUGGAAACAUGUGGUGAGUUGCAGCGUGUUGAUUCCAUUCAGUGUACUCUUCAACCUGGAAGAAAGCCUAAAACUAAAUGCCAUUUGGCCAAAAAACAUCCUCUGUCAAAACCCCAAGUACCUCCUAAACCUGUUCAUCUCCAGCCUGCUGGGCAGGAGAAGAUUCCUCCAGCACCAUCAAGGCCUUUGCCAGCGGAUCCCAAGUCAACAAGAAGCCUAGUGCCUCAAGAAGAUACAACACAGACCUCAGCAGACAUUAACAGGCUCAUUGAAAAAUUUGAAAGUAUUAGGUGGCCCAUCCAUGUUGUUCAAAGAAAUCAGUUUACUUUAGCUUUUAAGAUGGAACCUGAAAUGGACUCUACUAAAGAGUGUUGCCCAAGCGUCUGUGAUGGGGUAGCUUCCAGUGCGUCUUCUACAAAUGAAAAUAAAGAGCUAAAUGAGAAUGAGCCUGACAUGUUGUGUAGCACUGAAAUGUCUAAUGCAGACAUAAUGAAAAUUAAAGAACUAAAUAUAGAUGACAGCACAAGUGCUGAAGACUGUAUUGAUGUCAGCAAAGCACCUACGGAAGAACUUGGCCGUAAGGAUUCAUCUGUUGAGCUGAACAGUAAUGGUAAAAUUCCCAAUAGGGACAGUGGAAUUGACAGUCCUUCUUGUAGCGUGGUGGGAGAGACUUUUCUGAAUGAAGAUGGUGCAGAACAGAAAAAAAUGACUAUGACUGGGAAUCCAGCAGAGAUGGAAGCUGACAAAAAGGGUGUUAGCUUUUCUGCUGGGGAACAGAAAAGAGACUCUGCUCAGGAUGAAGACAGUGACAUAGAUGAAGGAAGCAGCGAAGAGCAAGAAACAGCAGAGGUGCCAAAACUGGAAUGUGUAGAUAUUAACAAGUGUUCAGAACCACAAAAGCUGUUUAACAUUGCAAAUGAACUUCUUCAUACAGAAGAAGCUUAUGUUAAAAGGCUUCAUCUUCUAGAUCAGGUUUUUUGCACUAAAUUGUAUGAGGCGGGGAUUCCACCUGACGUGGUAACAGGAAUCUUUUCAAAUAUUUCUUCCAUCUACUGCUUUCACGAACAGUUUCUUCUGCCUGAGCUCAAAGCAAGGAUUACAGAUGAGUGGAAUGCAAACCCAAGGCUAGGUGAUAUCCUUCAAAAACUUGCUCCAUUUCUGAAGAUGUAUGGAGAAUAUGUAAAGAAUUUUGACAGAGCAAUGGAUAUGGUGAACACAUGGAUGCAGAGAUCAUCUCCUUUUAAAGACGUUAUUCAAAACAUACAGAAACAAGAAAUAUGUGGAAACUUGACAUUACAGCAUCAUAUGCUGGAACCUGUACAGAGAAUUCCACGCUAUGAGCUUCUUCUGAAGGAUUAUCUUAAAAAACUUCCUGAAGAGUCACUAGACCGAAAAGAUGCUGAAAAAUCAUUGGAGCUAAUUUCUACUGCAGCAAACCAUUCAAAUGCAGCCAUCCGAAAGAUGGAAAAGAUGCACAAGCUGUUAGAAGUGUAUGAGAGACUUGGAGGUGAAGAGGAUAUUGUUAAUCCAGCCAAUGAAUUGAUUAAAGAGGGGCAAAUUCAGAAACUAUCAGCAAAGAAUGGCACUGCUCAGGAUAGGUAUCUAUUUCUGUUUAACAGCAUGGUGUUAUACUGUGUGCCAAAACUGAGAUUAAUAGGCCAGAAAUUCAGCGUUCGAGAAAAGAUCGACAUUGCAGGAUUACAGGUCCAGGAGAUUGUCAAGCAACAUGUGGCUCAUACAUUCUCAAUAACAGGAAAGAAGAGAUCCUUGGAACUACAAGCUAGGACAGAAGAAGAGAAGAAAGAAUGGAUUCAGGUCAUUCAAGCAACAAUUGAAAAACAUAAACAGAACAGUGAAACAUUUAGGGCUUUUAAUAACUAUUUUUCUCAAGAAGAUGAGCAUCUCCCAGAUUCAUCAAUAGCGAGCACGAGUUCUGUGGAAUCUAUGCCAGGGACAGAUGGUGGCAGCACAUCUGGAGGGCCUGAGUGCUGCAGAAAAUCCUCCAAAUUGAAGAGGGAAAAGGAGAAGCAGGCUUGCAAAAGUUGCAGUGAAAGCUUUAACUCCAUUACAAAAAGACGGCACCAUUGCAAGCAAUGUGGGGCAGUUAUCUGUGCAAAAUGCUCUGAAUUUAAAACACUUGCUGAUAGCAGUCGCAACCGAAUGUGUAAAGAAUGCUUUCAGCUGCUGUCAGCAACCCCAUGUGUCUCAAGCAAUGAAGGGGCAGGAGAACAAAAGAAGAAGAUCAUCAUGGAGAAGCAAAGCAUUUUGGGAGCCGAAAACAGUCUUUUCAGCAGUCACCUUCUGUUCCAAGAAAAAGGAAAGGUGUGGUAUAAAGUUUGGGUCACCAUUCCUAAGACUGAACCUCUUGUCUUAUAUCUACAAGGAGGAAGUCAGGAUGGACGAAUUCCACGAAGUAUACCCCUACCAGGAUAUGAAGUUGACUUACCACAUUCUGGUGAGAAGUUUGAAUCAAAAUAUGUUUUCAGACUUUGCCAAUCCCAACAGACUAUGUAUUUCAGUGCAGAGGAUGAAGAGUUGCAAAUAAAAUGGAUGGAUAUUCUCACCAAAGCAGCUAAAGGGGAGACUUACGAGCCAAGUGAAGGAUCCAGUGAUCCCUAAUAUCUCUUUUUUGGGUCCAAGCUAUAUUGGGGAGAGGAAAAAGUCACCUGAAUGCGAUAUUCAUGGCACUUUCAAAAUCUCUAUGGCUUUAUAUUUCUGUAUGUCUGUAUAGUAAUUUCAGUGUUUUCUUUUCCUCUCACUAUUGUUCUAUCAUCACUUACAGUACUGAUUGUCUUGCAUAUAUGUUGUUAGAUGGAAUAAGUAGUUAUAGUUGUUAAUGGUGUUUUGUUGAUAUUGAUAGAAAAGAAAAGGAGAAAGCAUUAAUUUUAUCAAAAAUAAUUGCAACCUCUCCCCCUGUCAUUUCCUUCACUCUUCUCCCUUUAUCCUAUAUUUUUGUUUCUUUCAGUUGCUAUUUGCGUGAAGGAUAUGUAUAGUCUGUGACUUACAGAAGUGCUGCCUUUAAGUUGAAUGUUGUACUAGGCUUGUGGCUGGCCACUGACAUGCUGUUCUUUGUCUUCUCUUUUGGGAUUUUUUAAAAAAUGGUCUCCUCUGUGCUGUAAGAGCAAUGUAAUGGAUUUGUUUCUUUUGGUAAUGCUGUCCUUUCUUGAAAUGAUUUUUUUCACUAGACAAAUACUGUAGAAUAUGUUUGCAAAGUCUUCUGAAAGUCAUUGUGGAAGACACGUUGAAAUUUCAAAUACCAAGUAUAUAAAUAUAUAUAUAAAAUAUAUUUGUUUUUUACUUUUACCCACACUUUUCUUAUUUCUUUAUAUGACCUCCUUUUUAAUGUAUGCAAUCAAAUGUUUUAUACUGCAAGCUGGGAUGUUACCAAUACAUGGACAUUUUUAGUACACCCAGUAAAGGUGACAUUUGUGUUUAGAAUGAUUAAAUUUUUGAGUAAAGGAUUUAUUUAUAUAAUUUGUAAAUACCACAUAUUAAGCAUUUUUUUUAACAAAAUGAAUCUGAGACUUAGUCUUCAGAUUAAGGCACUUGUAUAAAUUGAGUUUGUAAUUUGUUUCCUGUGUACUUUUGUUUGCAACAGUAUUUAUGUAUGCAAAUAAAAAUCCAUGCCAUUGAUUCCU